ACUCAAACUUUGCUUCUGGGUUUUCAUUUUUUCCAUCAAAAACAGUGGAUGGUCUUUGUCUUUUUUUGGGUUUCUGAUUUGUCUUGUAUAGAACCACUGUGUAAUUUGAGGUCCCCGUGAGCGUAAAUGGCUCAUAAAGCUUUAUCUGGACAGUUUUUGUCUACUUUUUAGACUUGCAGCCCAUGUGUCUGAUAUAUGUUCUAACUGAUUCAGAAACAAGUUGAAAAGUACUAGGGACAAGUGUUUUUAAUCUUGUAUUUGGUCAGAUUCAUUGGUGUUCUGUUCAGUUGACAUUCUUCACUUGUAGAUAGGAUAGAAGAAAGGAAAAUAAAUCAAUUUUCCAUUUUAGAAUCUCUGUUCAUAGAUCAAGUCAGGCUGUUGUAUUACUCUUAUUUAUGUUCUCUGAAAUGGGUGUUCUUUUGGGUAGGCCAAUUGUUGGGAUCACAUUUCGAAUUUUGAUCAUCUUGGUCUUUUCCGGGAUUUGCUUGGGGGAAGAUGUUCCUGCUAAUUUUGUAUUUGGAGAUUCUUUGGUUGAGGUGGGUAACAAUGACUACAUUGUCUCUCUCUCCAAAGCUGAUUACGCUCCUUUUGGAAUUGAUUUCGGAAAGCCAACAGGACGAUACACAAAUGGAAGAACUAUAGUUGACAUUAUAGGACAAGAAAUAGGUUUGAAAGAUUUUACUCCUCCGUACUUGGCUCCAACGACCACGGGACCUGUGGUUCUGCAGGGUGUCAAUUAUGCUUCUGGUGGAGGUGGAAUUCUAAAUCACACUGGAAAGAUCUUUGUUGGUAGAAUCAACUUGGAUGCGCAGAUGGAUAACUUUGCAAAUACCAGGCAAGACAUAAUCUCAAACAUAGGUGCUCCUGCAGCAUUGAAAAUGUUUGAAAAGGCUCUCUUCUCAAUAACAAUUGGCGCAAAUGAUUUCAUCAACAACUACCUAACACCUGUUGUCUCAGCUCUUGAGCAGAAGUUGGUGCCUCCAGAAACAUUCGUGGACACAUUAAUCUCAAGAUUUAGGUUACAACUUACGAGACUCUACAACAUGGGAGCCAGAAACAUCGUUGUGGCAAAUGUAGGGCCUAUUGGGUGUAUUCCGUAUCAAAGAGAUAUUAAUCCUUCUGCGGGAGAGAGCUGUGUUGCUUUUCCAAAUCAGCUAGCCCAGUUGUUCAAUGCCCAGUUGAAGGACCUUUUAGCAGAGCUCAGUGCAAAUCUCAAGGAAUCAAAAUUUCUGUACGCAAAUGUUUACCGCCUUUUUGAAGAUAUCAUUAAAAAUCACAUAUCAUAUGGUUUUGAGAAUGCAAAUUCUGCAUGCUGUGCCAUCUCUGGGCGCUUUGGAGGUCUGAUUCCUUGUGGUCCUUCAGCGAAAGUUUGUCCAGACAGAUCCAAAUAUGUUUUCUGGGACCCUUACCAUCCAACUGAUGCUGCUAAUGCAAUCAUAGCGAAGCGUCUUACAGACGGUGGCUCUGAUGAUAUUUGGCCAAUGAACAUUCGACGUCUACUUGAAUCUUGAAUUGCUGACUAAAAUGAGAAGGCUUCAGAAGACGAUUCAAGUGAAAUUUCAAAACGGAAGCUGCAUUUUUUUUCUAUUUCUUGAUUAUAGAUGACAAGUUCAAAUACAACAUUUAUGACAAUAAUUUGAAAUCAACAGGGAUAGUCCGUUUGGCUUAACUUAUUAAGAGGAUAAUGGCUCAUAUCUCUCCACUUGCAUGUAGAUUUUAUUUUCCCAUGUAUUUGUUGGGAUUAUCCUCCACUUUGGAAAUUUCUUUAUAUUAAUUACGUAAAAUAAAAAUAAAAAUAAAAAGAGGGAGAAGGAAAUAUAACAUUUUAACCAGGUCCCAAAA